AUGGGUCAGACCUUAUCUGAACCUGUGGUCGAGAAGACUUCCUCCGAAGGUCAAGAUGAGUGUUGUUUGUAUGGUUUGUCGGCCAUGCAGGGCUGGCGAAUCAGCAUGGAGGACGCCCAUGCUGCAGUCCUAGACCUUCAAGCCAAAUCCACAGGAGGUUCCGAAAAGCCUACAGAUCCCGAUAAACGCCUCGCUUUUUUUGGUGUAUAUGACGGUCAUGGUGGAGAUAAAGUAGCGUUAUUCGCGGGAGAAAACGUGCAUAAGAUCGUCGCAAAGCAAGAGGCCUUUGCGAAGGGCGAUAUUGAGCAGGCCUUGAAGGAUGGCUUCCUGGCCACCGAUCGGGCUAUUUUGGAAGACCCGAAGUAUGAGGAGGAAGUCUCCGGUUGCACAGCUUCCGUCAGUGUUAUUUCAAAGAACAAGAUCUGGGUCGCAAACGCGGGCGAUUCACGCUCAGUAUUGGGUGUAAAGGGCCGCGCAAAGCCUCUCUCUUUCGACCACAAGCCACAGAAUGAAGGCGAAAAAGCUCGUAUCAGCGCUGCCGGUGGUUUCGUCGACUUUGGUCGAGUCAAUGGUAAUCUGGCCCUGUCUCGGGCCAUUGGUGAUUUCGAGUUCAAGAAGAGCCCCGAGCUCUCACCUGAACAGCAGAUUGUCACAGCCUAUCCCGAUGUGACAGUUCACGAAGUGACUGACGAUGAUGAAUUCCUUGUUAUCGCCUGUGAUGGUAUUUGGGACUGUCAGUCCUCCCAAUCCGUGGUCGAGUUUGUUCGGAGAGGUAUCGCUGCAAAACAGGACCUUUACCGUAUCUGUGAGAACAUGAUGGACAACUGCCUUGCUUCUAACAGUGAGACCGGAGGUGUUGGAUGCGACAACAUGACCAUGAUCAUCAUUGGUCUUCUCAAUGGCAAGACCAAGGAAGAAUGGUACAAUCAGAUUUCUGAGCGGGUAGCUAACGGCGACGGCCCAUGCGCGCCGCCUGAAUACGGCAAGUCUGAAUUCCGUGGACCUGGUAUCCGCAAUCAAUUCGAAGAGACCCCCGAUAAUUAUGAUCUUGAAAACGACCGCUCCCGCGGCUUCAGUGUCCGUUCCGGCCGUAUCAUUCUCCUAGGUGACGGCACUGAACUAAUUCCCGAGCAGAAUGACGAGGAACUUUUUGACCAAAGGGAGGAAAAUCGAGAUGUUACAAAUCAUUUGCAACACGAGUCGCCCGAUUCGUCGGCUCGAGGAGAUCGUGAAGGUACCCCGGGACCCCAGUCGAAGAACGAGACCGCGAGUAAGGGUGAGGGGUCCUCGACUGCCGCCAACCUGUCCGAAUCACCCUCGAGCACCAACAAGGACUCUUCUGGCAGCGGGACUGAAGCCACGGAGAAGUCUGCCUCCUCGUAG